AUGGCUCAGCAGCAAGCACUGAGGUUCCGUGGCCCAGCUCCCCCACCAAACGCGGUCAUGAGGGGCCCGCCGCCCCUCAUGCGGCCACCUCCACCUUUCGGUAUGAUGCGAGGUCCUCCUCCACCACCUCGCCCCCCUUUUGGACGUCCUCCGUUUGAUCCAAACAUGCCUCCGAUGCCGCCCCCAGGAGGGAUUCCCCCGCCAAUGGGACCUCCACAUUUACAGAGACCACCAUUUAUGCCUCCUCCCAUGGGUAGCAUGCCACCACCUCCUGGUAUGAUGUUCCUCCCGCCUGUCACCGCCCCUGGGACACCAGCAAUGCCCCCGGCUGAAGAGAUAUGGGUAGAAAACAAAACUCCAGAUGGCAAGGUCUACUUCUAUAACGCGCGUACGCGCGAGUCGGCGUGGACCAAGCCGGACGGGGUGAAAGUGAUUCAGCAGUCGGAGCUGACGCCCAUGCUGGCGGCGCAGGCCCAGGCCCAGGCAGUCGGUGCCUCCACGCCGACCACCAGCAGCCCUGCGUCUGCGGCGGCGCCGUCCCCCUCCUCGAGUACGCAGUCCUCCACAACCUCCACCACAACCACCGCCACUUCCGUGUCACAGACCAUUUCCACACCUACCACACAAGACCAGACCCCGAGUUCGGGUGUUUCAGUUGCCACACCAUCAGUCAGUGUUUCAACCUCUGCUCCUUCUGCUACACCUGUGCAGACUGUACCCCAGCCAGUCCCACAGACAUUGCCUCCUGCAGUUCCUCAUGCAGUACCUCAGCCAACUGCAGCAAUUCCUGCUUUUCCACCAGUAAUGGUACCUCCAUUUCGUGUCCCCCUUCCUGGCAUGCCUAUUCCACUUCCAGGUGUAGCAAUGAUGCAAAUAGUCAGCUGCCCGUAUGUAAAGACAGUCGCUACCACCAAGACCGGUGUCCUGCCAGGCAUGGCCCCCCCCAUCGUGCCGAUGAUCCAUCCGCAGGUCGCUAUUGCCGCGUCACCGGCGACGCUGGCUGGAGCAACAGCAGUCUCGGAGUGGACGGAGUACAAAACAGCAGAUGGAAAGACUUACUAUUAUAACAACAGGACUUUGGAGUCAACGUGGGAAAAACCCCAGGAACUGAAAGAAAAGGAAAAAAUGGAAGAGAAGAUUAAAGAGCCAAUUAAAGAACCAACAGAGGAGCCUUUGCCAAUGGAGACAGAAGAAGAAGAGCCAAAAGAAGAACCUAUAAAAGAGCUUAUAAAGGAGGAGCCCAAAGAGGAAGAAAUGACUGAAGAGGAAAAAGCGGCGCAGAAGGCCAAGCCGGUUGCGACCACUCCUAUUCCCGGCACCCCGUGGUGUGUGGUGUGGACUGGUGAUGAGCGUGUUUUCUUCUAUAACCCUACCACUCGUCUCUCCAUGUGGGACCGACCAGAUGACCUAAUUGGAAGAGCUGACGUGGACAAAAUUAUUCAAGAACCUCCUCACAAAAAAGGAAUGGAAGAAGGAAAAAAACUUAUUAGAGAAGAGCAUGAAUCUACAGAGGACGCAAAUGAAGAUGAGCCUAUUAAAAUUAAGAAGCGCAAGAAAGAUGAUAACAAAGAUAUUGAUUCAGAGAAGGAGGCUGCUAUGGAAGCUGAAAUUAAAGCCGCACGAGAGAGAGCCAUUGUCCCUCUGGAGGCUCGGAUGAAACAAUUCAAGGACAUGCUUCUAGAAAGAGGGGUCUCUGCUUUCUCAACAUGGGAGAAAGAGCUACACAAGAUAGUUUUUGAUCCUCGUUACUUACUUCUCAACCCUAAAGAAAGAAAACAGGUAUUUGAUCAGUAUGUGAAAACGCGAGCGGAAGAGGAGCGCAAGGAGAAGAAAAACAAAAUAAUGCAGGCCAAGGAGGAUUUCAAGAAAAUGAUGGAAGAAGCAAAGAUUAAUCCAAGAACUACUUUUAGUGAAUUUGCAGCCAAGCAUGCUAAAGACUCGAGGUUCAAGGCAAUCGAAAAGAUGAAAGAUCGAGAGGCCUUGUUUAAUGAGUUUAUCACAGCGGCAAGAAAGAAGGAAAAAGAAGACUCGAAGACCAGAGGUGAGAAGAUCAAAAUGGACUUCUUUGAACUACUGGCUAAUCACCACCUGGACAGUCAGUCUCGCUGGAGCAAAGUGAAGGACAAAGUAGAGACUGACCCCCGUUACAAAGCGGUGGAUAGCUCUUCACAGAGAGAAGACCUUUUCAAACAGUACAUUGAGAAAAUAGCCAAGAAUUUAGAUUCGGAGAAAGAGAAGGAGCUGGAAAGACAAGCUCGCAUUGAGGCGAGUUUGCGCGAGCGAGAAAGGGAAGUCCAGAAAGCUCGUUCAGAGCAAACCAAGGAAAUCGACAGGGAGCGUGAGCAGCACAAACGGGAAGAAGCCAUACAAAACUUCAAAGCGCUCCUGUCUGACAUGGUGCGUUCUUCAGAUGUGUCAUGGUCUGAUACCAGAAGGACCCUGCGGAAAGAUCAUCGAUGGGAAUCUGGCUCCUUGCUUGAAAGAGAAGAGAAAGAGAAGCUCUUUAAUGAGCACAUUGAAGCACUUACCAAAAAGAAGAGGGAACACUUUAGGCAACUUCUGGAUGAAACUUCAGCGAUAACUUUAACAUCAACAUGGAAAGAAGUGAAAAAAAUCAUUAAAGAAGAUCCAAGGUGCAUUAAAUUUUCUUCGAGUGACAGGAAAAAACAAAGGGAGUUUGAGGAGUACAUUAGAGACAAAUACAUUACUGCCAAAGCUGACUUCCGAACACUAUUGAAAGAGACCAAAUUUAUAACAUACAGAUCCAAAAAGUUGAUCCAGGAGUCAGAUCAGCACCUGAAAGAUGUGGAGAAGAUCCUACAAAACGACAAGCGGUAUCUGGUACUCGACUGCGUACCGGAAGAGAGACGCAAACUCAUCGUGUCCUACGUGGAUGACCUGGACCGCCGAGGCCCUCCCCCACCACCCACAGCUUCAGAGCCUACGCGGCGGACGACGAAGUAGUUACGAAAUGCUCUUAAGGCAAGAGUGUCUGUCAAAUCAAAAAGCUUGCAUGAGCCAUCUGUCAGGUUUAUACGUAUACGUUACCGUGAAUAUAUCGCAAAACCAUCUGAGGAGCAGAGGAAUAAAUAAGCAGCAUUUGUGAACAUGAAAUGGUCUC